AUGUUGCUUUCCAGCUCCGAAUCCACCAUUUUCAGCGAUACUGAUUAUGGUGUUAUCAGUGAGGACGAUGGCAACUACAGCAACGCAGAUGAAAACAUAAAAAAUGUGAAAUUCUUCAAUAAAAUAAUAAUCAAACUGUUUUUAAAAAAUAGAAAGUACUAUGAACAGAUAAAAAAAAUUGCACUUAGCUAUAUUAGCAAAAUAGAAGACAUCCAAUUUUCGCAUAUUCAAAACAGUGAACAAGGAAGCAAUGAGCACAUAUACAAUUUUUAUUUUGACACGUACGAUGCGAUUCGGCAUGGAGAAAACAAAUUGAUUUAUUACAUGCAGAAUAGCUUCCACAAAUUUAUCGAUGUUAUGAACAACUACUCCAUUCCUUUUUUCUUUCGACUUAUCUUCCUGAGUUGCUAUUUCGAGUUUUUGCAUAGGAGAGAAGCAAAAGAGGACGUAAGUGAUAGUAGCGACCUUGGGGAGGGGAGGAGCCAUUCGCCUACCAUUGAUGUGGACAAUCGGGGGGAUGCUGCCGGUGUCCAGUUGGUACAUACAGAUGGUUUACCGCAAGACGGUCGCGCUUCUGAUCGGUACGGAAAUAUCUUGACGAAGAGGGAGCAUAAGGAAGCGGCAGGCGAGGAUAGCAUAGUGGAAGAGCCAAACGCGGGUGCCGAGGAUGGAGGCUUAACCGAGGAGAUUAACAAAGAGAAGGGAAGCAAUCGAAAUGGAGGGAGCAUCGAUGAGAAAGGAAGCUACCCAAGUGGAGAGACCAUCGGUGAGAAGGGAAGCUACCCAAGUGGAGAGACCCUCGAUGAGAAGGGAAGCUACCGAAAUGGAGGAACCCUCGAUGAGAAGGGAAGCUACCGAAAUGGAGGAACCCUCGAUGAGAGGGAAAGCACGUCCAUAGAUUCGGAUGAGGAACGGCGCGAAGAAGACCCCUUCCUGUAUGAUUUCAUAGUGUACAAUUUCGGCAAAGACAGGAAAGUUAUGGAAGAAAUCGACGUCUACAGUUCGUGCCUGAUAAAAGGGAUUCUGUACUCAUACAAAGAUUACCCCUUUUUAAAAGACGCAAGUACCAAAGCCAAAAUAAAUAAUUGCCUAAAAAUGAUCUUCGGCAAACAAAAUAUAAAAAUUAUGUGCCGAGUGACAAACGUGCCCUACCUCCAUGAUGUCCACAUUAACUAUUUGCAAGAAAUACGAAGUAAGCACAUCGGGAAGUUUGUAAGCACAGAGGGGAUAAUAACCCGGGUGGGAGAAAAGAGAAUAUUGGAGGAAUGCAAAAAGUACAGAUGUAUGAGGUGUGAUAACAUAAUUAAAAAAAAAGCCAUUCCCGAAUUGUAUUACAACACAGAAACGGUUUUUAAGUGCCCCAAUUCGCAGAUUAACACGAAUAUACACCCUUGCUAUAGAAACGAUUUGUUAAGCGAAGUAGGAAGGAAAGAAGUGCACCUGAGAAGGAAGUAUAGGAAGGAAGAGACGGGGCAAGGAAGCAAGACGGGGGAACCAGUGCCGUAUAUUAAAAGCGACGCCAAAAAUGGCAGCAAAAAUAGUCUUCACGGUGACGCUAAUUAUAGGUCAAAGUGGAAUGGCAACAGACGCAAUGCCAAGUCGAAUGUGGCACACAACGGAAACGGUUAUAGUAAGAAUCCAUACAGUGAACAAAAAUGUAAUGGCACAAAUUUCGAAUUCUUAGAGAGCGAAGUUAAACGAGUAGAUUACCAAGAAAUAAAAAUAAAGGAAACGAGUAAAACGAAUAUCCCAUACUCCAUUACGGUGGUCCUUUUGGAAAACCUAGCUGGGAAGUAUCACCCGGGAAAGAAAGUCAUUAUAAAUGGCAUCAUCCUGCGGAGGUGGAAGAAGUUAUAUAAAGACAUUAGGUGCGACUCAGAGCUGUUUAUCGAAGCAAACAAUAUCGAAAUUAAAGAACUGGAAGGCUCAAGGUGCAAAGAGGUAGAAAUGGACGACGAGUUCGCCAAGUGUAUAAAUGCCCUAACGAAUGAGGCGCAGGCGUGUGGAGAGGAGGCAGCCACUGGGGAGGGUGUCCUUACAGACAAAGAAAACAACGCUGAGGUGGAUGGUAAUCUGGGGGAUGAUCCCGCGGGGAGCCCCACAUGCGAUAAAAAGGGAAGGCUCAUAAGCUCAUCACAUCUGAGCAGUGGCAUUUGCAUUGGAACAAAUAGGGAUAAAGACACACAAGAGGGGACACAUCCUGAGAAGGGCUCUGGAAACACUCCCCCAAGUGGUAGCAAAAUGAAGGGGAAAAAAAAUAAGCUGAACGAAAACACGACGGAUGGAAAGAUAGAUGUCUCAGAAAGGAGCCUAUUUGAAAAAUAUUGGCUCCUCUUCAAAAAUAACAAAUUGGAAGGAAAGAGACACCUGUGCGAUAGUUUAUGCCCCAAUUUGUACAAUUGCAAGUUGUCCAAAAUAUCAGUCCUGCUGGUGCUAAUAGGGGGGAACAAAAUAAAUGAGCAUGAUUCCUUUUACAAUGAGAAUAAUAAGUGGAAGAAGUAUUUCAACCGCAGCGAUGGAAGGGCAGGGACGGGGGUGCACCGGACAGGCGGCUACGACGAUGACGGAGAUAGGGAUGAGGAUAGCGGUGAGGAUAGCGGGGCGGAUAGCACUGACGACGAGGAGCAGGGGCAGGCAGGAGAAGGUGACUCCUCCACUUCCCAAAAGGCACAUGUAACUAAGGCGAAGAGGCCAAAGGGGGAUGACACCAAGCAGGGCGGACGCACAAAGGACGUAAACCAAAACGAACCGAGGAAACGACGCAGAGAAAGAGAAAAAGAAAGAGCAAAGCACAGGAAGAGGAGAGGAAAGAAUUUCUCUUCCGACAAUUGUGACAAGAGAACAUUGUGCCAUUUGAUGCUGGUGGGAGAUCCAGGGACAGGAAAAUCGCAGCUACUGAAGGAAGUACAAAAAAUAAGCAACAUCUGCAUGAACGUGUCAGGUAUGUUUUGUACCACUGCUGGGUUGACUUGUGCAGCCAUAAAAGAAGGGAACAAUUUUAUGCUGGAAAGUGGAGCUCUAGUUUUGGCAGAUAAUGGAGUCUGCUGCAUUGACGAAUUUUGUCUCAUGAAGAAUGAAAAUAAGAAUGCUAUUCACGAGGCAAUGGAACAGCUAACCAUUUCAGUAGCCAAGGGUGGUAUCGUGGAUAAAUUAAAUUGUCGGUGCACUAUUAUCGGUGCGUCUAAUUUCGAGUUACAUAAAACGGUUCAGGGAAAUUUAUCUUCCUGUGACAAUAAGAUUCUCAUUAUUAACCUCUCCUACACACUGUUCAGCCGAUUCGACAUGGUUGUCAUAGCAGAGGAUAAUAAUGAAAUUGAUUCGAAGAUUGCUGACUAUGUGUUGUCACAAGAUGUGCAGUCUGGUUCUGCUGCGGGUGGUUUAGUGAAGGAGGGAACAGGCUUGUGGGGAAGCGCUGUACAGCAAGAAGUGGGAUGGGGGGGUUCUCGCCUAGUUGGAGGAGGAGCGGCAAGGGCGGCAGCAGCAGGAGGAAGAGGAGGAGGCGGAGGGGGUGGAGUCCAAACCAACUCGGCUAAAAUGAGUAAGCAGAAUCGCUCCGCCAAAGGAGCAGAACAUGCGAACUUCUCCAGUGCGAACUCCUCCAUUGCGAAUACCCCUGAAGAGGAGCAAUGCGCCGGAGGACACGCCUUCAAGACGCCUCAAACUGAAGGCACAAAAAUUAUCUGGUCUAGCGAAAAGCUGAAGGAGUAUAUUUCCUACGUGAAGAAUAACUGCUCUCCAAAUUUUAAUAAGUCCUCCAAGCUGAUUUUAAUUACAUACUAUUCGAUGUUACGGAAGCAUAAUAAUGGCGAUAACGGAACGACCAUUAGGACAUUGGAAAGUCUGAUACGGCUAAGUGAGGCGCAUUCGAAAAUGAUGCACAAUGACACGGUGUCCUCUGACGAUGUGAUUAAUAUCGUUUUGUUAUCAGAGCUUAGCUUGCGUGGGUAUAAAAUAGCCGUCAGAACGAAUUCCAACAAUAUUCUCAUAGCUAGAUCGGGCAUAAUGUCCAACUUAAACGAUUCGCUGCUCUUUUACAAUAAUAUGCAUAAGACGUUUUACUCCUUGGAUGAUGUUUUAUUCUACGAGUCGUUAUACAAUUAUUUUAAGAAGCUCCUUUUGGAGAAGCUCAGUUUGAUGGAGCGGGACGGGAGGAUCCACCGCAUGGCGCUGUAG